CAAGGCACGAGCUUGUUUGUGCAGGAGCACAUUUCAUUGUUCUCACUUCGAGCUUCUGGACAUUUGGGCACUGCGCGUACAUGGAUUGGCAACGCGGGACCCCUUUACAUUCUGAGUACAGUUUUGGAAUGCCAGCUAGCUUACUGUUUUGAAAGCAAAAACCAACAAUAUGACUAACAAAGGUGUAGAUGCCACUAGAAUUCUAGAGAAGGGUCCAGAAUACCUUCGGAAACAGAUGGAACUGGAGAGCGAGGCGAGGGGACGCAUGAGCGCAGUGGAGAUGCUUGCCGCAAGUAAAAAACAUUAUGUCAAAAGUCAACAGGUGGUCAACUCUAUACAGGAGCCCGUGGUUAGUUUUGGAUCUGCCUCUGUUAGUAGUAACGGAUCGUCUAACCGGAGCUCCAACUGGAGCGGUAGGAACAGUGGGAAGAAUUCGCCUGCGGGUACAAGCAGUGUGCAAGGAGGGCGCUCGCCGCAGGAGGACAAAAAUGUGCUGCAUCGGACGACCUCCAAAAGAAGAGACUCACUUUUACUGUACCGACAGAAAUGUGAACUUGUGAAAGGAUCGACGCGUGAGCGAAACAAACUGAAUUUGGGGCGCAGGUUGUUGCUCAGCUCUCUGGAUAAGGCAAGUUUACUACCUGAGGCAUCAGGUAAGGAAUGCGAGGCAGAGGAAAUGUAUACCAAAUUUACGACACCCGAAGGACUUGCCAAGCAAUGUGAUUCAAAGGCUGGCUUUUCGAAACCCAUACAGCCAGAAACACAAUCUCUAUCCACAGAUGAAGAAUGGACGGACGUAAGAAGCCCGCUGCCAAAAGUGGCCCCAUGUGUGAUGCAGAGACCCACUCACAAAAGAGUCGCGGAAGUUCAGAGGAGAGCUUGCAAAGGGGUCGGCCGUUCUCACUCUGACAUCAGCUCAAGAUAUUCCAAAAACUUUGCCGACUUUGAUGCGUUCUUCAAAUACUGCGGACUGGAUGGCGAAGUCAUUGAGUCCCUGGGCAAAGAAAACUUUUCCGCGUGUUCGGAUGAACUUGACAAUAAAAUCCGAAGCGUCAGCACCUCGACUUCAGAUGACGGGUUCUCACGGAAUAGUGGCGAGGACAGUAACGAUGGUUUACUGGAAGAGGAGAUGCAUGAAACUGUUCGACAGGGGACAUCGGUCAUUGAGCGCAAUGCCAGGAUCAUAAAGUGGCUGUACAGCUGUAAAAAUGCCAAAGAGUCUGGGAAGAAAUUACGAGAUCUAAACUGACAUUUCUGUUUUCAAAGGCGACAUAUAGGUUUAUUUAGCUGUGUAGGCCUCUCUAUUAGGCCUACCUAUAGGCUGCCUGUUUUGGGCCUAGGCCUACAACAUAACCUAAGCUAUUCCUUACCCACUAAAAUGUUAUGGCUACUUCUGCCUCUGAAAUGCAUCAUUAUUUCAAGCCAAGCAAUUGACAUAAAUAUAUCCAUUAGACUACUGACUGGCAAGUUGUCUAUCAGAGUCUAACAGAAGGAUACUAGAUGACAUUCCUGGCCUUGAGGAAUGGAAAACGCAGUGUAGGCCCCAUCACACAAUGUUUUCUUGACUAUUGCACAAUAGGUUAUAUGUUGUGUGUGUGUGUGUUUGGUUUUACAAUCCUUGUGGGGACAAGAAGUCUUCACAAGGAUAGUGAAACAAAGAACAUUCAGAUAAGAGGGGACAUUUUGCUGGUUCCAACAAGGAAAAAGGCUAUUUUAGACUUAGGGGUUAGGGUUAGGGUUACAAUUAGGUUUAGGGUUAAGGUUAGGG